AUCGGCAAGGUCACUAUGCUCUACGGCCCCUGGGCAGAAGACGAAAAUAACCAACUUGUCCUGAAGAGCCAUAGACAACACGCAGAGAAACAUGGCUACUCGCUGCAUGUACUCGACCGACAGAUUAUGCAUGGAAUGUGGUCGAAGCUAUCCUACAUUCUUCACCUGGUUUUGGAGGAAAUAGGGAAGCCCGAAGAAACGCGAAUGAAGUGGCUUUUCUGGUUCGAUCUUGAUAUCAUUGUCAUGAACCCAUGCAUCCCGCUGGAGGUAUUCUUGCCACCCGAGCCCGCUUUCGAGCAUAUCAAUGUGAUCGUGACGAACGACCACAACGGUCUCAACACAGGCGCUUUCUACCUUCGAGUCAGCGAGUGGGCGGUCAAGUAUCUGAUCGACAUCAUCGCAUUGCACACGUUCAAGCCAGAGAUCAAGCUCAAGUACAGCGAUCAGUCUGCAAUGGAAGUCAUGACACUAGACAAAAAGUACCGGAACAACACCAUGUAUGUUCCGCAAAGAUGGUUCAAUGCAUAUCGAGGGCCUCGAGAUGAUCACGAAAAGCUCAUUCGUGGUGCCCAGGUUCCCGAGAGCACCAUCAAGCCGGGAGAUUUGCAACUGCAUUUUGCUGGCAAGAAAGUCAAGCAUUUGAUACCGACGUACUUGGCUCUGGCUGCGAACAACAGUAUGGGCUGGGAGAUGCCCUUGAGCAAUACGAAGCUCAAAUCUGAAGUUGCCGUCUUUUGGAAG